CUCACUACUCCCGAACGGCCGUUCUGUGGCACAAUUCUCUCAGUACGUUGCCAUUUCCGACACACCUUCAGCCUGUCUCUGUCUCCAUCACACAAGAGGUCGAGUCUAGAGGAGUGCCGGCACCCAAACGCCACUUGCUUGCUGAAGAUACGACUACCCAGAUAUUACCUGCCUCUCUCCCUCUCAACUGCAGAGUCUGUGGGACAUCCUGCGGACAACUCUUCUGCGCCGCAGAGACCAAAACUGCUGGCGACUACAGAGAGCGGGUUGCCCGCCAGUCGCUGCUGGACCCUGGAAUUGCACCACUCGGUCUAACCUCACCGCAUCGGAAAUUGCUCACGGUGCCCACUCCCAACCAUCAAGCCACCCCGCCAAAACCGCGGUCCAGGGGCGGCAACCUCAAAAUGCCCGUCAUCGACACCAGCAAAGACCUGGCUGCGCUCUUCAGCGCCCAGGCAAAAGCCACGCCAGACGUGAUUGCCCUCGAGGGCGGCGAGAUCCAGUACUCUUACGCCCAGCUUGACCGCGAGGUCGAGGCGCUGUCAGAAAAGCUCCGCCGCCAUGGAGUUGGCCGGGACGACCUGGUCGGAGUACUGAUGGGCCGGAGUGCGGACUAUGUCAUCUCCUGCCUCGCAGCUUUGCGCGCUGGCGGUGCAUUUUUGGUGCUCGAGCUGGCAUACCCACCAGGCUUGCUCGCCGAUGUGCUCGAGGAUGCUCAGCCGGCUGUCGUAAUUACACAUACUGCCCACAUUGGCAAGAUCCGCGAAGGCGUGCCUACUAUAGUUCUCGAGCAGAAUAGGCCACGACUGGAGAAUGGCGACGCCAAUGGCCACACGAAUGGCUACGCCAAGGAACUGCCUGCUGAGGAUGACCUCGAUCGCCUAGCCUUCGUCUCGUACUCUUCUGGCACAACCGGCAAACCGAAAGGUAUCGCCAAUCCGCACAGCGCUCCGGUCCGUUCCUACGAGCUGAGGUUUAGAUUGAGUGAUCUCCAGGUCGGGGAUCGCGUCGCUUGCAAUGUAUUCUUCAUCUGGGAAAUCUUGCGGCCUCUACUCAGGGGUGCGACGGUCGUCACUGUGCCUGACGAGACCAGCUACGACCCUGUCGCCCUUGUCGAUCUCCUACGAAACAAGCGCAUCACAGAAACAUUAAUGACGCCCACGCUUCUGGCGACUGUACUUGCGAGGCAUCCCCAGCUCGGCAAUCGUGUCAAGGAUUUAAAGACGAUAUGGCUCAACGGCGAGGUUGUGACAACAGAUCUGGCGCGCCGAGCGUUGAAAGCUCUUCCGUCCGCGCGGUUGCUUAACUGCUACAGUGCCAGCGAGACCCACGAGAUCGCAUGCGGCGACAUCGGCAAGAUGUUCGACCCGAACGCGCCAGUAUGCCCGGUUGGACCCCCCAUUGACCCUGAACACACAUACAUUCUUGAUGAGCGUGGGCACAAGGUUGAGCCGGGCACCAGCGGCGAAUUGUUCAUUGGUGGGGGCCUUCUAGCCAGAGGCUACCUCAACCUGCCAGAGACCACAGCGAAGGCUUUCUCACCUGAUCCGUUUGCGAACGCACCCAACGCACGGAUGUACGCCACAGGAGACACUGCCAAAGUACUGCCGAGCGGCCUUCUUGAAAUCACUGGCCGCGUGGGUGCAAUGAUCAAGAUCAGAGGCUACAGCGUUCAGCCCCCAGCAGUCGAGAAGGCCAUCAUCGACCAUUUGACUGUCAGCAACUGCGCGGUUAUUGGCUAUGGUGACGGACUGGAGAAACAGCUGUGUGCAUACGUCGUUCGCGACAAAGAGGCGUCGGCUGGUCGUGCCGAACUUGUCAUUGACGAGGCAGGCUACAGCCCUGCAUCUCGCAAAGUGUUGGCACCACACCUGGCACAGUACAUGAUCCCAGCCCUGUGGAUCGAAUUGGAUGAGCUUCCAACCCACGAGGUAUCGGGUAAAGUAGACAUGAAGAGACUACCGUCACCAAAGUCUCAUGGGCGGCGCACUGGGAGCCCGACUGCCGACGGUCAGAAAAUCGAUCGCGACCAGAAAAUCACGCUCCAGGAUAUCGCCAAGAUCUGGGCAGCGGCACUUCAGGUCACCCCGAAACAAGUCAUGCAGCAGGAGCAUGACUUCUUCGAUCUUGGAGGGCACUCGCUGGCUCUGGUCGACAUCGUUACCAAAUUGACGGCUGGUUACGGUUUCCCUGUGCCUCUGGGGCGGCUUGCGGGAAACCCAACUCUUCAGGGCCACCUUGACGUCGUCUUACAGGCUCGCGAUGGUCAUACGGCGGCUGUGCAAGCAGACCUGCCUAAGAUUCUACGUGCAGACUGCAUUCUUGCAGAUGAUGUUCGUCCUAGCGGGGCAAAGAUGUGCCCGAUCAGCGAGGCAGAUACCAUCCUGCUGACAGGAGUCACGGGCUACCUGGGCGCUUUCUUGCUCACGACGCUUCUUGAGACAACGAACGCCAACAUCAUUUGCCUCGUCCGCUUUGCGGAUCUUUCAAUCGAUAAUUUCCCUGCCGCUAUGGCGCGUAUCCGGAGAAAUAUGCUGGAUCUCGGUCUAUGGAACGACUCGAUUAUUGAUCGUAUUGAGCCUCUGCCAGCCAACUUGGCUCGCAAGCGGUUUGGUCUGUCUCCCGAAGAAUUUGACGACCUCGCCGCGCGUACUCAGGUCAUCAUCCACUCGGCUGCUACUGUCAACCUGGUGUACCCUUACGCCGCGAUGCAAGGUGCCAAUGUUGGAGGGACGCGUGAGAUCAUUCGACUGGCUUGCAAGGCGAACGCCACCCUCCACCACGUCUCAACCAACGGUGUGCUCACCGAGUCUGUGGAAGGAUGGGAUGAAGAUACCAUGGUCGACGUCGACGACGUACCGACAAAGCUGCUUGAUGGGUAUGGCCAGACCAAGUGGGUAGCAGAGAAGCUUGUUCUCGAAGCCGAGAGGCGAGGCCUGCCGGCCAGGAUAUACCGGCCUGGCACUAUCAGCGGACACAGCGUGUCCGGCUCGACAAAUCCAUACGAUCUUCUCAACGCGCUCAUCAUCGAGUCUCUGCACCUCGGACACUACCCGGAUAUUGAUAACUGGUACGCGGAGAUGACACCGGUCGACUUUGUCAGCAAGGCGAUUGCCACCAUUGCGGACCACGUCGACACAACACAGCGCAUCUUCCACGUGGGCGAUCCGAACCCAGUCAAGACCAAGGAGAUCUUUGAGCACCUGCAAGUUCUUGGAUAUCCCACCACGCCGCUGGCCUGGAAUGAGUGGGUCGAGCUCUGGAAUGAGAAGAGGGGUGGCGGCAAAGGUGGGGAAGGAUCGUUCACAGUCGACAUUCUUCAGCGAGGCAUGCCCGAGCGCGAGUUCCUCACCUGGGUCACCGUCCUCAAAGAUACUAAGACACAACCCGUCCUCGCUAGCCACGGUCUGGUGCGUCCCAAGAUCGACCGGGAAAUCCUCCAGAUCUACGCCCGCCACUUCCGCGUUCGAGGUUGGCUUCCGCGCCGCGUGAACCGCAGCCAGCUCAAAAAGGUCGGCCCGCCUGUCAAAACCAUGGGUCCCCUCUCCGGUAAGGUCGCCGUCAUCACGGGCGCCUCGUCCGGCAUCGGCGCCGCCGUGGCCCGCGCACUGGCCCAGGAGGGCGCUCACGUCGCCCUGGCCGCCCGCCGCGUGGACGAGCUCGAAACCCUCAAGACGUCGAUGGCGUCGAGCGCCAAGGUGCUCGUGCACAAGACAGACGUCACCGACCGCGCACAGGUCGAGUCGCUGCUCAAGACGGCCAGCGAACAGCUCGGUCCUGUAGACAUUCUCGUCUCGUGCGCAGGCGUCAUGUACUUCACCAUGAUGAAGAACGUGCAGGUGGACGAGUGGGAGCGCACCGUCGACGUCAACUGCAAGGGUCUUCUGCACUGCCUGUCCUCGACAGUGCCGGGCAUGCUGUCCCGUGGAAGCGGCCAUAUUGUCGCCAUCUCCUCCGACGCCGGCCGCAAGGUCUUCCCAGGCCUGGGCGUCUACUCGGCGAGCAAGUUCUUUGUCGAGGCCACCCUGCAGUCGCUGCGCCUCGAGACGGCCGGCUCGGGCCUGCGGGUGACUUCGGUGCAGCCGGGCAACGUCGCCACGGACCUGCUGGGCAUGUCGACGGACCAGGAGGCGCUCAAGAAGUACGGCGAACCCUCUGGUGCCAAGGUGCUCGACCCGGCCGACGUGGCCAACUCGAUUGUCUAUGCCCUGCAGCAGCCCGCCCACGUCGCUGUCAACGAGAUCCUCAUUGAGCCGAGGGACGAGCCAAUCUGAGCAUUUGUGAUACCCAAGGGUGCUUCACUGGGAUGGAAGCCCUUGAGGUGGGAAAAUGAAAUGUGUGCUUAGUACCAUCAGUGUGUGUGUGUCAAGCACAAAAGCCAUAGACAUAAAUAACCCUUUUAAUCACUUUUCACUAUACCG